CCGGAGCAAAGGGAGCUUGAUGGACGAACAAGAGCAAUCGCGGCCGCUGCCAUCCGUGGCUCGCCGGAAAAAGUGGGAGCUCGUUGUAAGGCCGCCGCUGCUAUCCGUGGCUCGUCGGAGGAAGUGGGAGCUCGCUUCUUCCGGGCCAAGUUUCGCCGGAGUGGACAAUUGCUAGUGGUAUGGCUCGCCGCUCGAUACCGCCAGAGAUGAAGCACGCUAGAGGGCUCGCCGGUCUGGGAGGAUACUCACCGACCCUAAUGGAGGGUACUGCCGGCGUCCCCCUAUCGCGUGCUCGCUCCUCGCCGGAAAGAUCCCUACGGUCCGCGGCUCGACGGCGGAGGGAGGAUUUGCCGGAGCUAGAGGAGUCUCUUGUCUACUGGACCGCUAUGCUGGCCGCGGUCGCCAAGGGCUCGUCGAAGCUUGUCGCCGGUUAUGACUUUGCCGGAUCUCCAAGCGGUCACGGAUCUAAGCUCACCGGAGAGAGGCUCUCCAAAGGCUCGCUGGAGAAGACCGGGAUUAGAGGAGUUCACCGGAGGCUCGCGGCUGCUGUUCGUGGCUCGCCGGAGGAAGGAGGAGUUCCUCGAAGACCCGCGGCUGCCGUCCGUGGCUCGCCGGAAUAAGAAGGAACUCGCCACAGAUGAAAUUCAUUGGAUUAGGGGCUCUCUGUCGUUGCCAAUUACUUGCUUGAAGUUCACCAACUGAUUCACUGCUCCAG